CGAGCCUACCUCGCGGCUUAAAAAGGCUGGAGGGACAUGCUUGCUCGUCGGGGCUGGUGGUGGCCGAAACUGGUGCUUUUACAGGCACGGAGCUGCUUCUCCUCCAUGGCUGCAGCCGCUGCUGCUCCGAAACGCCUUAGGGUUUCGGACUUCUCCACAAGCUCCUCAAACCCUUGCGCAGUCAGACGAAUAGGAACCCACAAUGGUAGCUUCCACUGCGAUGAAGCUCUCGGCUGCUUUAUGAUCCGUCUCACCAAUAAGUUUGCCGGCGCAGAGAUCGUCCGAACCAGAGAUGCUGAAGUACUGGAUUCAUUGGAUGCCGUGCUUGAUGUUGGAGGUGUGUAUGAUCCUAGUCAUGAUCGUUUUGAUCACCACCAGAAAGGUUUCACUGAGGUUUUUGGACAUGGAUUCAGCACCAAGCUUAGUUGUGCUGGGCUUGUCUACAAGCACUAUGGUAUGGAGAUUAUUUCUAAGGAGCUUCAGCUUGAUGAGACACACAAAGAUGUACUACGACUAUAUCUAGCCAUAUACAAAAGCUUCGUUGAGGCCAUUGAUGCGAUCGAUAAUGGAAUAAAUCGGUACGACACGGAUCAACCCCCACGAUAUGUGAACAACACACAUUUAUCUGCAAGAGUUGGUCGCCUGAACUUGGAUUGGAUGGAUGCUGAUCAAUCAUCCGAGAGUGAAAAUGCUGCCUUUGAGCAGGCAAUGAUACUUGCGGGCAACGAGUUUUUGGAGAGUGUUCGCUUUCAUGCAAAUUCAUGGUUACCAGCACGAUCCAUUGUUAUUGGAUGCAUCGAGUCCAGAAGAGAGAUUGAUCCAAGUGGAGAAAUUAUUGUCCUCAGCAGGUUUUGCCCUUGGAAACUUCAUUUGUUUGAGCUUGAACAAGAGCUAAAGAUAGAACCUACAAUCAAAUAUGUUCUUUAUCAGGAUGAUCGGAGCGAAAAUUGGCGGGUUCAGGCAGUAGCUGUGUCCCCAGAUAAGUUUGAAAGCCGACGUCCGCUUCCGUUGCCAUGGAGGGGCCUGAGAGAUGAUGAACUUUCCAAGGAGUCGGGGAUUCAUGGAUGUGUGUUCGUUCACAUGAGUGGAUUUAUCGGCGGUAAUCGGGCUUAUGAAGGUGCAAAAGCCAUGGCUAGAGCUGCACUCAAUUUUCGAAAUGAGGAGCUAAAUGGAAAACUGUUGUGCCAAUAACUUGUUAGUUUUGCUCGGAUGCGUAGUGUUUUGGUUGGAAAUAAGGUGAAGAAACCUUGCACAAAAAGAAAAGGAAUUACCAACAUGGUUUUAAUUAUUUGUAGGAAUAUUGAUCAUCAGAACAGAAGUUUAGAGUGGCUGCUUUUUUAUUUUGAAUUAAUAUUUUUGUAGAAAAUGAUUGAUUGGAGAGAAAUAGAGGCCAGAAGAGAGAGGCUGAGUGGACAUAAUUUCUGUUUAA